GGUCUCACACCAGUAUACUUCUUCUCGCAUGGCUCAACGAUGAUGCUCGGCGAGGAAACCUCCUCUGCCGACUACUGGAAACAAGCCGGCGACGACGCCCUUGCAAAUGGAAUCAAAGGCGUAAUCAUGAUGGGUGCCCACUGGGACGCCACAGGCGACCGAAUCGAAGUCUCAACCAACCCAUCCCCAGGAAAAUCCCCAGUAGCCUACGUCCACCCCUCAAAACACGUAAACUACAAACUCGAACCCGACCUCCCCACCAGCGAACGCUGCAUGAAAAUGCUCAAAUCCGAAGGCUUCAACGUCUUCCCCAACGAUAAAUUCGAAUGGAUUCACGACACCUAUCUCAUCCUCAUCAGAAUGUUCCCCAAAAAAUGUCCCCCAACCACAAUAAUCUCCAUGAACGCCCGUUUCGACCCUCACUUCCACAUGCACGUCGGCUCAACUCUCCGCCCCUUGCGAAAAGAAAACUACCUCAUCAUCGGAACCGGCGGCGCAGUCCAUAAUCUCUUCCGAAACGUCUGGUGGCCUAUGCUCAAAUAUCGGGAUAAUCUCGCGCAGCCUACACCACCGGAAGGAUGGGCGUUGGAAUUCCGACAGAGUGUGGAAGAUGUUUUUCAGAAUAAUCGGGGGCCGAAGUUGAGGAGGGCGAUUACGAGGUUGAUGAAGCAUCCGCAGUUUCGGGAUGCGCAUGCGACGGAUGAUCAUUUUAUGAGUCUUUGUUUUGUGGCGGGGGCGGCGGGGGACUGGGAGGAUGAGAAGGAAAGGGGUGGGGAGUUGAAGGCUGAGACUUGGGAGUUGACGAAUAUGUGUAAUAGUCAGUUUAUUAUUGGGAGUUGGGAGAGGGCGACUGUUAGUGCACACUAG